CAAAUAUUUAUGGGUCUCAUGUGGAAAAGACUUGAAGUGAGUUGAAAUUAAAAACAUUUUAAAAGUAGCAGAAGUACAAUGAGGAGCAGCGCUCUAUCGCCAUUAAAGAUGAGUGCCCGCUGAAAGGCAAGAUCAUAAAAAUGGGCUACAAUUCAAGUACAUAAUUCAAUUUUCCGGGAUCUGUCCGGGGUCUCUUUGAACUGUCUGUUAGUCGGGGAAAGAUAUUAGACAUCUGCAUAUGAUUCCGGCCCUAAUCGUUCGCUGAACCGCUUCAGAAAUCCAGAAGUUGCGCAAAAAAGUUCAACACACGGCGCUCGGCUUUCAGUAAUGCAAUGCCUUUCGGGGUGGCCAAUGCACUUGCCAAAGACUUCAAUUGAAAAUUUUCAUUUACACCAGGCCGGCCAUUCAAUGGAUAUGAAUCGGUUUUAUAUAAGGCCCCAAAUUUAUGUUUCUUUCUGAAUAAUUCGUCCGUUCAUUGAUUCCGAAAACGUAAUUGAAUGCAGAUACUGCAUUGCGAAUACUGGGAGCAUGGGUGCGAUGAGAAUGAGAAUGAGUAUGAGUAUGCCUCCAGGCGGUGUUCUGAAGUAUUAGAAGCGAAAAAUGCUAAAACCCAAGCCGAAAUUAUGUCGAUUCUGCGCUGCGUCAGCAUUAUCUCCAAUUGCUGCACCGACUUGUGGCUUAUGGCUUUCGGCAAAGGCAAAUGGCAUAUGGCAUAUGGCCUGAUGUCCGAUUUCUGAUAGCCUGAUGUUUUUACUUCUGCUUUCUGACAGACUGACUAAGCCUAAGCUUUUGUUUUGGCUAUCAAAGGAGCUUAUUCCGGGGAAUCGCACAUGUCACACCACACAACACACCAUACUGUCAAAAAUCGUACGACAAUCAUGAGUAAGUUCUUGAAGUUAUGCUGAAAAAGUUUUGAAAGUCAGCAUAUACCGAAACAUCAUAUCAAUGUGUGUAUAGCGUGUUGUUUAAUGGUAAAUGCGCGAUGAUUAAUUUAAGGCUCUAAUCGUAUUUAAAUUUAAAGAAAAAUGGCGUUUAAGAGAAUUUUUAGGCAAAUAUUUAGGAAUAAAAUUAUAAUUUUGGAAAAUAUUGAUUAUAAUAUACCAAACCAAACAAAACAAAUUAGCAAUGAAUUAGGAAUUUAAGGAAUGUUAUUGGAAACCCGUUACUCAUAGUACGAAAUCGGUUAAAAAUAAUAUCGUCUAGUGCUACCGAAUAAUAUUUUUUCAUUUAAAAUAUAUCUUAGGAAUUUGUAUACCAACACAAUGUAUUUUUAGAGACUACAAUUCUUAUCUAUCUUAUGGAAAUACAUUUUUUAUUUAUAGGAGUAUCUUUUUUUAGAAAGUUAAGUUCGAGUUUUGACAAGUUCCAUGUAGAUCAGUUUACCAUUUUUUUUAAAUCUCACUUUUAGCUGGCUGCAAUUUCUCUCGGUGUAAGCUCUUCAUCCGGCUGGGAUUGCAGCACCACUUCGUUGGCCCAGCUGUGGCACCACUCGGAACCAGAACCACCGGCUGCACCACAGCUGCAGUGACAAUCCAAUCUGAUCGGUGCGUCUCGAGAAGAUGUUAGAUGAUAGAAGGUGUUGUUGGACCCGGGACCUCGCCUUGAACUAUUGACAUUAUUUGAGGCGCAUUUUAAUUACGCCAAGAGCCAUGUAAAGUGACUGAUCGACUGGCUGCUGGCCAGUUAUGCAUUGCAUAAUGCAUCAUGUUAAUAGGGAGCGGCAUCGGCAUCGGCAUCGGCACCGGAGAUCGAAGAUCGGAGGCGCGACUUCCCGUUUCGGUAGCGCCGGCAAUUGUCACAAUGAUUUACAGGCAUACCGCGUUGGCAGCUAUAAAUUGCUAAAUGGCCAUUACAGAAUUAAUUACACGGCUGUUGAAGAACCCCAGAAACUGGACUCUGAGUCAGUGCCUCGAGCCGUGUCGAUGGCAAUUGACCUUUUGCCCCUCCCAGACUGCCCAGACUGCCUGGACUGCUUGUGCAGCCGGUUGAAAAUGAAUUAUUAUCUUGUAAUUGUCACGUAUUAGCGGUGUGCAGAUAUGCUACUGCGAUAUAUCACAAUGCAAUACUGGAUCAAAGUAUGCAAAUGGGAAUGCGGGCGAAAAGUCAGAAACACUCGAUGUCCAUGUAACGAGCUUGUAACUCGGAUGGUAUUAAAUUACACUGGCGUCGACAUGACCAGACCAACCGAGCUGUGAAUAAAAUAAGUUGUUUCCCUAACUAAAUUAACGAGACAAAGGAAACCUACGUCUAAUGCACUUACAAUUCGUACCCAAAGAAAUCAUUAAUGUGAUUUAUGAACAUGUUGGCUCAUUAAAUCAGCAAGAAACACAAAUUAUCCACGGAGCUUUAUCUAAACUAUUAUUAAAUACGGACAGGUCAUAUACUAUCCAGAUUUACAAUCUGUAAGUGUCGAGUGCUACUCAAGAAUUUCCGACACUUUUCACAAUCAACUAAAAGAAACCAGAAGAAAUUGCUUAUCUUAAGUUAUUUUGCGUUUCACACAAACCAUAUGCUUAAAAUAAAAAUGUAAUUUAUUACAUAAGUGCGGUAAUAUAAUUUAUAAGAUCCAACAACAUAAAAUGCUUAAAAGCAAUUAAAGUUGUUUAGAAAUUCGAUUUUUUUCUGUUAUUUAAUAUGAAAAAACAUUCUGGCGUGUGCAGAAAACUGUAUAAAAAAUUAAAGAAAUGCAUAAAAAAUAUAUUUUGCCAUGCUAGCUAAAUAUAUCGAUUGUAAGGUGGACAAACCCUACGUGAAGUUGUCAAAAUUGUCGACCUUUUACAACACUCAGGUGUUGGUGUCGGUUGUCAGGUGAAAAAUAGUUGGGCACCGAACUGAAAACACACCCCUUUGAAAGUCGGAAACCACCACCAUGAGCGCCAGCGAGGGAAUCAGUCUCCCUGGAAACGGGGACGCCAAUCCGCCGCGUGAAAAUCAUAAACAAAAGACCCGGAAGAAGGGCAGAAAGAAGUCCAAGAGUGCCAAAGAAAGUGUUCCAGAACCGAUGGACGCGAAAGCCACUGCCACCUACUUCAGCGUAAGCAUCAUGGGACAAAUAGUGUCGGCCACCUUUCCCAUGGGUCCCGACAAGGAGUUCGUCUUCCUGCGCUACGAAAUGGUCGCCGGUCCCGACUGGCAGUUGUCCUCGGGACCCCAGCACGGACUUACCCAGAUGGCCACCAAUAAGAGGGGCCACUUCAACGAACCCAUCGUCUUCAACAUGCCCAUCGAAGUGACCUUCAAGAGCACCAGUCCCUUUGGCUGGCCCCAGAUCCUGGUGAGCGUGUUCGGACGCAGUGGAAUGGGGCGUGAGACGCUCCUCGGCUACACCCACAUCCACCUACCCGUCUUCGGCUGUCGUCGUCCUGCGGAUCAGGCGGAGCUGCUGGAGGCGCCCAUCCUGAUGCCCAAGUGCCCCACCAUGCUGGCGGACAUCACCAGCUGGCUGCUGCGCCGCGAGCCGGAGCUCAAGGAUCCCAAGGUGCUGCUGGACAACCUGAAGUGCAAGGGCCUCUCCAUGGAGUCCUACGGCAGCCUGCAGUUCCAGCUGUCCUCCGUGAUGAGGGGAGCCCGCAAGCUGGGCUACCAGUGGCAUUCCUGAAGAGUCCACCAUUUGGUAUUGAUGUGUGUCAGUAAAACG